UCUUUAAUUCUUAACAUCAUUUUUAACUUGUACACAGUCAAUUUUAGUGCAUGGGGUAUGUCUGCAGCAGUUUGAAGUGCACUGUCCACAAAAACAGUACUUUAGAGUAUGUUGGCUAGGUCUUGAUCCAGCAAUUGCAAUAAAGUAAUGCAGCUCCCUGCAUGCAGACCUCUUGACUGCAUGUUUUGUUUUUCUUCUACCCUUGGCCUUUUAGCUGUUGAUUAGUGUGUUGUCUGCUGAAGACCAUUGUAUCCUGGGAGAUUAUCAAAGUUGUGUCAUCGUUGAUGUUUGUAGAAUAUGUCCAGGACUUGUCCCAGGGAUAUUUUAGCAAUUUAUUCUCCCAAGAAUUGGGUUAAGCAUUAUUAGGUCAUGUUUGGGUGUUUUGGAGUGGUAUUUUUUUUGUUUUAAAAUACCCUGUCCCUUUCUAUGCAUUCUCCUGUUUAGUGUUGUGACUGCCUCUAUAUUAAUAAUAAACUAAGAGCUGCAGUGACUUGGAUGAUUUCACUUCUAGUUUCUUUGGUUCUAUGGCUCCAUGUGUUUUGCUGUUGCUAUCUCUGUCUUUCUUUCUGUCAGUGGUACCGUCCCAUACACAUUCUGACCUGCACAAUACACCGAUUGGCCCAUUCACAGUCACCCACAACGUCAUAAACGUGUGUUUUAACGUCACACAGUGUAGUUGGAUUCAACAUUUCUGUGCAUAGCGGGGUGAAAUGGGCAGAUAAAUAUUUAUGUAAGCAUGUUUAAAUACUGAGUGCAAACUGAAAUCCCAAACGGUUUAUCUGACAAACUUAGAAUUGAAGCACCAGUUUAAAUGGUCAAGUGAAAUGACCACAAUGUUAUUGUGCUUAAAGAAACUAACUUGGUAAUUGAUCGGUGUGCUAAGUAAUGAAUUGUUGACGUUGGCUGAACAGCAAGUAAACACAAGUGGGAGUAUAAUUCCUCAGAAGUGGAACAGUAAAUAUAACUGGAAAGAGGGAACUAUCUAAUAUGCAACAAUUGACAAAAGUCUUGUCAAACAAAAUAAUUAUUCCACAGUCAUUGAAAUCCAUGGAUACCACCUCCUCUGGAGUUUCAUCCAACAGUGGUGCGCCAUCAGAAACAUAUUACUACAUACCCAAGCCUCGUAGGCGUGCUUACUCGGGCAGCUGCUGGAAUACAACACGUCCUAGGUACAACCACCAAAAUGGGGAAAACUGUCUCAUCCGAGUCGGAUUAGAGGAAGACAAAGCAAAAGAAUUCAAAACUAUUUUGGUGACUAAUCAAGAUAGGGUAUCCGAAAUUUUCAAGAAAGCCAUGACCGUGCUCAAAUUUGAACCCGAGCGUCCUCAGGAUUUUGAUCUAGCACAGAUCAUUGAAUCAAAGAAAGUGCUCAUACUUCCGGAUGAUGCUAACUUGUAUUUUGCAAUGAACAAGAAAGGGAAUUACGACUUCAUUCUGAGAGACCGGUACGAGUACAGACCAUCUAGCAUGAAAUACCCGGAUUCACCAAAAGAAGAUCUUCAUGUCUAUGGAAGUUUUAGCUGUAAGGAACGUACUGUUUCAUGCGACUCUAUUGGAUCUAAAACCUCUGUUCAUUAUUGAAAACCCUGCAAUAUAUAAAUGAAUGACCUUGAUAGUAUUCUACUUCAAAUUAUUGGACAAUUUGGAAAACAGUGACUUGCCUUGGGGCAACCUGGAUGACAUUAACUUUGGACUUUUGAGUGCAGUGCUUGUCUCUGCUUUUGAAACAUCUUGCACAUCAGCUAUUUUUGAUGAAGGCUGGAGAAUUGAAUCCUGCCACCGGUCUUCCAUGAACGUCACAUACAUGUUUCAAUUGAUUGGAUGAGAAAAACAAUCUUUUAUGUAUCAAUCUGGUUGAUCAAUUGCAAUUGAAUUUGCCUGGGUUCCUCCACGGUAGUUUGGUAAAAAGCAAACCAGCCAUUUGACCAAUCGAUGGCGGGAUGAUGAAUACUUCAACUGAAGUGUUUGGUUCGCCCUUUAAACUCUUCAGCACACCAUUCUUGCCUUCAAUAUUUUCAUUUUUCCAAUGGUUUAAACUAAUCUGAAUAUAAACCCAUUGACAUGCCUGCAACAAAGGGCAACUAAAAGAAAUAAUAGACUUGUUUAUUAUUGCCAGUGACAUUGCACUUGUUUUAGACUUGAACUGUUUUUACUUAAUGUUCAAUUUUAUAAUAAUUUUAUAUUGAAUUGUUGUAUCGCACGGGCUGUGUGAGUGAGACCAAGUGUGUGAGUGAGACUGUGAGAGAGAGAGUCAGAGGGAGAUUGAGUGUGAGAGACUAGGAAUUUGUAUGUGAAUGAGACUGUGCAUUUGUGUGAGUGAGACUGUGUGAGUCUAUGUGUGAGAGUGAGACUGUGAACUCAGAGUGAGUCAGUACAGUGUGGAGCUGAACGAACCUGACAGGUCAGGCAACAUAAGAGGACAGGAGGGUCGACCCUUCCUCACGGCUAGGGAGGGAGAAGGGAUCCGGGAAAUAAAGAG